CCGAUCGGCGAGGAAAACCGGGGGUUCAAGUUACUCACCAAGAUGGGGUGGAAGCUGGGGCAGGGCUUGGGGGCAAAGGGGGACGGGAUCACCGUACCGGUGGUCCUGGGCACUCAAGUGGCAACGCUGGGAUUGGGGAAGUCUGCGGAGGACGACAGGUACACGGACGAGGCUGCGAGGGAGCGCAAGAAACUCGACUCAGAGGUGGUGGAGACAGCGGACAUGAAGGCGAAGAGGCUCGAGAAGGCAGUAAGGCAGGAGACUAUUAAGGAGCAAGUGCAGGUGAGAAACCACAAGACUCGAAUAGACGCGCCCAUGUCACCCUUCCCGUGCCACGGGCGACAGCAGCGUCUGCUGCGUCAUUCGAUGGAGGAGACAUGGGCCAACAUGCAUUAAUGCUGUCCUACUACGUGAUGGGGUACUGCGUUGGAGGCAGCGGGACCGACAGUUCUGAUGUGACCACUCCAUGCCGAGGACCCUGACGGCAAGGUCCGCGAUGAGAAAAAACACUGCGGUAGGGUAACUUGGU